AUGAAUGUCAAUCGAUCUUCUAUAUUUUUAAGUAUUUUAGUAGUUUUUGUUUUAUCUUUUGACCAAUCUGAAAUUUCAAGAAAUGAAUUAAAUGAGACAACAGUUUUUAAUGAAAUUAUAAACUGGGCAAAAAAUGGUAUACAAACACCUUUAUUCCGAGAUAUUAUUAAUUAUUUAAUUACACCUUCUAAAGCCCGACAUCUUGAUUGGUCAAGACUUAAUAGUUCAGAAGCUGGAAUUUUUUGCGUUAUUUGUAAGUCUCUUACAAAAUAUUUUUUAGCUCUUCGACGGAAUGAUACUUCCGUUGAAAAAAUUCAAGAGAUUGCUGGUAAUGUUUGCACGUUAUUAAAUUUCCAAACUGAAACUGUUUGUCACGGACUUAUUCGUAUCAAUUUGCCAAUUAUCUUGUAUAUUAUUGACAACGAGCAAAGUAUUACACACGAUGAUAUUUGUGGUAUUUUACUACAAAAUCAAGAGUGUUCCGAUUUAUCAAAAAAGUUUGAUUGGGCAAUAGAUGUCAAUGAUGAUCCUCCACUAGUAUUCGAUAUCUAUUCAACCGGAAAGAAAUUAAAAAUACUCCAAAUCACUGAUAUUCAUUAUGAUCCAUUAUAUCAACCAAGUGGAAAUGCUGAUUGUGAUGAACCUACAUGUUGUCGUCGUGGACAAAAUACUAAUGGGAAACUAAAUGAGAAAUCUGCUGGUUUCUGGGGAGAUUAUAAUAACUGUGAUCUACCUUGGCACUCAAUUGUUGAUGCUUUAGAGCAUAUAAAAACUCAACAUUUAACGUUUGACUUUGUUUAUUUUACUGGAGAUAUAAUCGAUCAUGGAAUAUGGGAAACGAGUCAACAAAGAAACAUCGAAAGUAUAAAAAAAUGUUUCACAAUCAUCAAAAAUACUUUCGGUGAUAUACCAGUUUAUCCAAUAUUUGGGAAUCACGAAUCGCAUCCUUUAAAUUUAUAUGCGCCGGAUUAUAUCAAGAAUGAUAGUUUAUCAACUGAAUGGCUAUACGAACUAAUGGCAGACAUUUGGAUUGAAGCUGGCUGGUUACCACCAUCUGUUAAAGACACAAUUUUGAAAGGGGGAUAUUAUAAUAUGUCACCCAGGCCAGGAUUUCGGAUAAUUAGUCUUAACAGUAAUGUUUGCUAUAUUUACAAUUGGUGGCUUUUUUACGAUCCUCAAGAUCCUGGGGGUCAAUUACAAUGGCUAGCUGAUAAUCUCUUGAUUGCUGAAAAAAAUAAAGAAAUCGUCCAUAUUUUGAGCCACAUACCACCUGGUUCUACGGAGUGUCAACAUACAUGGAGUCGUGAAUACAAAAAAAUUAUCAAUAGAUUUGCUCACGUAAUUGCUGCUCAGUUUAAUGGACAUACACACAAUGAUGAAUUUAAUUUAUUCUAUAAUCCAAACGACAGUAAUCAAGUAAUAAAUAUUGUUUGGAACGGAGGUAGUUUAACUCCAUAUGCCAAUUUAAAUCCAAAUUAUAAAGUAUAUGAAGUAGAUAAUAAUAGUUAUGUUGUUCAAGAUAUUGAAACUUGGAUGUAUAAUCUUACUGAAGCCAAUGAAAAUUUUUUGAAACGACCUAAUUGGUUCAAGUCCUAUUCUUUCAAAGAGGCAUAUAAUCUAGAAGAUUUAUCUAAAAACAGUUUGAAUCAGUUGGUUGAUAAAAUGAUCAAAUAUUCAUCAAUACUUCAAAUAUAUCAUAAAAACUUUUUCAAGCAUGCUGCACCUUCUUUAAAAAACGAAUGUGACAAUGAUUGUCUAAAAGAAUAUAUCUGUAGAAUCGUGAGAAGUUCCAGUGACGAUAAAAGUGAAUGCAACAAUUUAUUAUUACAAUUUAUUUAA